AUCAGGGGCGCGCGCAUAGCUGAGUCAAAGUUACCACAGACACAAAAGUACGCACGCGCACGCAGGUUCUUGCUGAGGAAACGUGUGUCAGUGCUUAGUAGCGAUCGGUGAGCAGAGUCUAUACUGCGGCUGCAUUGAAGCCUUUCCGUCAAAUGGAAUCGAAGUGGACCAUGGACUACCUCGUCGUCUGCUUUGCGUUGAUUGUCAUUACUGACAGAAUCGGCCUCUCGCGCUCCUUCAAUGUGGGCACUGCGGGGGCUAAGAUUUUCAGCGGGCCGCCGGUGGAAGAAUUUGGCUACACGGUCCAACAGGCCAGCAACCAUGAGGGCAAAUGGCUUCUGGUUGGUGCUCCUUGGAGUGGUUAUACUCAAAACAGGAAGGGGGACUUGUACAAGUGUCCAGUGUCAGGGGCAAGAACCACCUGCGACAAGCUGAAUAUUGAAGAUUCCAUCAGUAUUCCAGAUGUGAACAACGUCAACGUCAACAUGUCUCUUGGCAUGACCCUGACCCGUCUGCCUGCAGUCAAUGGUCUGAUGACAUGCGGUCCCCUUUGGGCACAGAGGUGUGGCGAUCAAAACUACUACCCUGGAAUAUGCUCCAGACUCAGCCCCCUCUUUCAGCCUCAACCUGCCUUUGCUCCUGCCGUCCAGACUUGUGGUGGGCCGAUGGACAUCGUGAUCGUACUGGACGGCUCCAACAGCAUCUACCCGUGGGCUCCGAUGAGGGAGUUCAUCGAGAAGCUCUUACCGACCCUUGAAAUCGGACCCCAAAACACCCAGGUCAGCGUCAUCCAGUAUGCAGUCCAGCCCAAGAUCGAAUUCCCACUGAACCAGUACCAAACCAGAGCGGAGUUGCUGAAUGCAGCCUCUCAACUCAAACAAAUGCAAGGUUCCUCCACCAAUACGUUCCACGCCAUCGAAUAUGCCAGUCAGUGGGGUUUUAAUCCCGUCUACGGCGCCCGCCCGACCGCUUCCAAGGUGAUGGUGGUGGUGACGGACGGCGAGUCUCACGACCAACCCUUCAGAGAUACCGUCAUCGCUGAAUGUGAAAAGCAAGGAAUCACGCGCUUUGGUAUCGCUGUGCUGGGCUACUACACCAGAAACAACAUCGACACCGAUAACCUCAUCAAGGAAAUCAAGUCCAUCGCCAGCGCGCCCACAGGAAAUUACUUUUUUAACGUGUCCGAAGAAGCGGCCCUGUCCAACAUCGCCGGAACGCUGGGCAGCCGCAUCUUCAACAUCGAGGGCACGGGGAAAGGGGGUGACAAUUUCAACAUGGAGAUGUCCCAGGUGGGCUUUAGCGCUCACGCCUCUAGCAAAAAGGACAUGACGAUGCUGGGAGCAGUGGGCGCCUACGGUUGGGCCGGAACCGUCGUCCACCAAAUGGGCUCCAAAGUGGAUGUUCUCCCCGUCUCAGCCUUUGAGGGAACUCUUCAAGAUAGAAACCACAGCUCGUUGCUAGGUUACUCUGUCUGCAUGCUGAGCGACGGCGCUGCGGAAUAUUUUGUGGCCGGCGCGCCUCGCUCCAACCACUCCGGACAAGUCAUCGUCUACAGCUACAACGCUCCGAAGCAAUUCACCAUCAUCGAUUCGGAACGAGGAAAGCAGAUUGGGUCUUAUUUUGGUGGCGUCCUGUGCGCGCUGGAUGUUGACAAAGACGGGGUGACGGACCUGCUGCUGGUCAGCGCGCCCAUGUUUAUGAGCGAGCAGAAGAGAGAGCAAGGCCGUGUUUACAUCUUCACCGUCACUAAGGGUAUCCUGAAUGAGCAAGGAUUCCUCCAAGGCACUCCCCCCGCCGAGAACGGGCGUUUCGGGACAGCCGUGUCGGCAAUUCCCGACCUGGACCAUGACGGUUACAAUGACGUCGUCGUCGGAGCGCCCCUAGAGGACAAAGGAAGAGGCGUCCUUUAUAUCUACAAUGGGAGGAAGAAGACGUUAGACAAGCAGUUCUCGCAGAGAAUAUACGGUUCUAAAAUGGAUCCUCAAGUGAAGUUUUUUGGCCGCUCCCUCGAUAGCUACAAAGACCUGAACGACGACACGCUCGCUGACAUCUCAGUGGGUGCAUAUGGAAAAGUGGUCCAGCUCUGGUCCCGAGGUGUGGCCACGCUCUCUGCCACUGCUUCCUUUAAACCCGAGAAGAUCAACAUUUUCAGCAAAUCUUGUGACGUCAAUGGACGCAAGAUGACGUGUUUCAACAGCAACCUCUGUUUCAGCCCGACCUUCAGGCCCCAAAAUCCAGUCGGACCCAUGGAUGUCACCUACACUUUGACCCUGGACGCCGAUUUGCAGGCUUCUCGCGUGACCUCCCGAGGACUCUUCAUGAAAAAUAAUGAGCGCGUGUUAACGGAGAACGCCAAGAUAUCAACUGGGAUUCAGUGUCAAGACUUCCAAGUCUACGUGCAGGAGACGCCCGAUUUUGUCAAUUCAGUCAGUUUGAAGGUGGAAAUCGAGCAGCGGAACGCCGACGCCAACCCGGUCCUUGACGUCUUCUCGACGUCCGCCUGGGAGUUCUUUAUCCCCUUCACUAAGGACUGUGGCUCUGACGAGGUGUGCGUCAGCGAUCUGGUGCUGAGCGUGAAGACGGACACCGAGGGGACCAGCUCAGCUCCUUUUCUGGUCAGCACCAAUAAGCAGGAGCUGUCUUUCAAGGUCACAGUGAAGAACAAGAAAGAAAAUGCUUAUAACACGCAAGUGUUGGCCACCUAUUCGGCCAACCUCUUCUACUCUUCGGUAUUUCCUCCCACCGAAGGAGUGAAAUGCACCUCAACGCAAGAGCAAACUGUUGUUUGCCAAGUGGGAUACCCGGCUUUAAAAAAUGACCAAAUGAUGAAAUUUCAGCUCAAUUUCCAAUACAACCUCAAUCAUCCACUCAGUCGGGCAAAGGUCAAGUUCGAGGCUAAAAGCGACGGUAAAGAGCAGGUCCCGUCAGACAACCGAGUGGACGUGUCCAUUCCUCUUCAAUACGAUGCAGGCGUUGUUUUAUCCAGGAAGUCAAACAUCAACUUCUAUGUGGCCAAUUCAACCACCACACCGGUGACAAUGGUGAAAACGUUGGAUGACAUUGGACCCGAGUUUAACUUCACCGUGAAGAUUUCAACAGGAAACUUCCCAGUUAGCCUCCUUUACUUGACCGUGUCCCUCCCGAUGAGCACCAAGGGGGGAAACCCGCUCCUCUAUCUCACCAGUGUGGACACGCAAGUUGGCGGUGCCGUCAGCUGUGAUUCCGUGGGCUUGGCGGACCCACUGAGGAUUGGCGUCAAGGACCACCAAGCCUCUUUUACCGAGGAGAGUCUCCGAGGCGUCGAGAAGCUGGAUUGUCAGAGUGCAAAGUGCCAGAAGAUCAAGUGUCUCCUCAAAGAUGCAGAAGUCAGCAGCGACUAUUAUGUGAAAGUCAAAACAAGGAUUUGGAGUGGGACAUUUAUCACGGCGCUCUACCAGACCACCGAGCUGAUCUCCACCGUGGAAGUGGAGAGCUCCAACCCCGAUUUAUUCAUCAUCCGCCUCAAAGAGCUGCCGGUGGUGGUUACAGUGAGCAAACCGGGAGCCACGGGCGACGUUCCGGUGGGAGUUAUUGUCGGCAGUGUGAUCGGUGGACUAGUGCUACUCGGCCUGGCUGUCGCUCUGCUGUGGAAGUUUGGAUUUUUCAAAAGGAAAUACCAGCAGCUGCAAAAAGACGCAGAUGCACAGAGCCACGAUGAUGGGGUGUUGUGAGUUGCCACCACAAUCAACCAUGUUCGCCGCUGGAUCUUCAUCCAAUGUACUCACUGGUACUUCUCAAGCGCAAUGAAGGUCUCUCACUAUUGGAUGAAAAAAAAAAAAAACUUGUGUGACACCUUCAUCAUGAAUAUGCUGUUCUUUACUUUUUCUGUACUUCAGCUUAUUGUGUGCAUGAACUACUGGCAUGACUGAUACUCACUUUUUUUUCUUGGUUUUGGACUAAUUGAAUUGUGAUGUGGCAGCAUGGUGGGUGAGCACUUAGCAUAUCUGAGGCUUGCUGUUCCAAGUUUUGCCCCCUUUCAUAUUCUCCCACAUUCCCAAAAACAUGCUUAUUAGGUUAAUUGAAAAUUGUCCAUAACUAUGAAUAUGAGUCAAUGUAUGAGUGCAAGUGGAUUUCUGUCAAAUGAGCUCUAAAGUAAUGGAUGGAUGUGAAUCGUUUGUGAAAAUGCAAAAAAAGACAAAACGUAAAAUAUUUUUAUUGUAUAUAAUGUAAUAUAAAAUUGUGGUUAAGGUUUUAUGUUUGAAUGGUUUGAAAGGUUGUGUCUGAGAUAUUUUUUUGUAUUUAUGUUUUUAUUUGGGGGGCUUUAAAACGCUUAAAACUCACAUCACUGUCAAAUGAGAAAAUCACCAAAUCAAACCGAUUUAAAUUCAAUAUCUGUCUUUCUUUUUUAUGUGUAGCAAUUUUCAACUGGUUUGACACGUUAAGUGUGUACUUGCAUACUUUCACCACAAGAGGGCGGCAGGAUCCAAAUUACAGAUUGGCUUUCCUCUGCCAUGGACCGGUUCUUGGCUGUUUUUAACAGUCAUAAAUUCAGAUUUAUUUGUGAUUAUGUUGAAUUACAUUUUCUUUUUGUGUGUGCAAAGAACCUUAUUUACAGCUCGGACUGAAAUGGACACGUCAUCAUUUCCUACCGAUAGCAAUAGUGUGUCACUAAGUUUUGACGAUAAAUGUUGCAGUAGAUUGUCCUACACGUGCUGUAAGAAUGUGUUUGUGUUUUGACUUUGGCUGUAUAUUUUAAGGAGUCUAUUUGUACACGAUAGUUCUGUAAAUGUGGACAGUGAUGAUUCAAAAAGACAAAGAAAGGAUGACUGGUACAGUCCCAAUGGUACAACUUUUUAUUUGUCAAUUUUAAGUAAUUGUCCAACAUUAGUUGACCCUUGAUUGCACUUUGUAGUUUUAAUGUUGGCUGAUUUGCUUUGUGUUGCCGAAUGGCUUCAAAUGUUCUCCAGACCACUUGAUUUGGAUUUAAUCUUGAGUGCAGUAUGAAUCUUAUUAAUGGGCGCCGGCUAACCGCGCAGUAUUUCUUUUUGUUGUUGUAGUACAAGCAAGCUUCGGAAAAGUGAAUAAAUGUCUCCCACUUGGCA